AUGGAGGAGGUGCUUGGUUCGUUCGUGACAGUUGGGCAAACGCCAGCACCACCGCAGGAAGGACGGAAGACAACUUUACCCUACCCAACUCUACUGAUACAAGGCGUCUCACAGAGAGUGCACUCGCUCCACCGCAACCGUUCUUCUCCCAUUUCCUUCUUCAUCCUUUACAGUCGGGUUUUGGUGACUGCUGGCAUUGGUCUUACCUACUCUCAUCUAAUCCUGACCCCAGAACACUUGAGGGUACAAGCAACCUGCUUUGUCACAAUUAAUUGUACGGUCCGUAGCAACUGCCAACAUCAGAAAUGGUUUGAAACGGCUGAGACGCAGAUGUCGAAGUGGAACCAAGACGCCAGAGCUGAAUGA